ACAAGCGUCCGGAGAAUGCUUCACUUUGCAUAUAUACAAACGGACUAACACAGCCAGAGUUACUCGACUUUUGCAACCAGUCACGACCAAUUAACAGAGUCAAAAGAAACUCAAAUAUAUAUAUAUAUAUAUAUAUAUUCACGAAAAUGUUGCCGCCAAUUUACGACUGGUCAGAGCAGGAGACCGGGUUGUUCGUGUGGCAAGACUACCUCGUAUUUAUCGGCAUGUUGGUGGCCUCAAUGGCCAUUGGCAUCUACUACGCCGUUCAGGGUCGGCACAAGGCGAACGAUGAGUUUCUUCUUGGAGGACGCAGCCUCUCGUUCUUCCCGGUCUCCAUGUCCCUCUUUGCCUCCUACAUCUCCGGCAUCCACGUUCUUGGGGGUCCGUCUGAAGCCUAUUACCAUGGCGUCCAAUGGUGGGUGAUCUGUGCGGGUCAGGUCGCCUUGAUCCCGGCAGCCUUCAUCUUCAUGCCUUUCUUCUACGAGCUCAAGUUGACUUCAGCCUACGAGUACUUAGAGCUGCGGUACGCCUCUCGCUGGGUGAGGAGCGUGGCUGGGGGCAUGUUCGUGCUCCAGAUGUUGCUGUACCAGUCCGUAUCUAUCUACGCCCCGGCCCUCGCCCUGGCCUCCGUCACCAACUUCUCCCUCUGGGUCUCCGUCUUCACCGUCGGCAUCAUCGCCUCCGCAUACACCUCCUUCGGCGGGCUGAAGGCGGUGGUGUGGACGGACGUCUUGCAGCUCUACUUCAUCAUCUUCGGCCUCAUGGCCAUCAUCAUCAAGGGCACCAUCGACCUGGGAGGCAUCGGCAAGGUCUGGGAGCUGGGCGUCACCAACAACCGGACCGGAGCCCAAAUCUUGACGUACGGAUUCGAGCCACUAGAGCGACACACCGUCGCCAACUUAGUAGUGGGAGCACUGGUGGGCCAGUUGUCCCAGUACUCGUGUACACAGACAGCCAUUCAGCGUUACGUCAGUAUCAAGUCCCUCUCCCAGGCCUAUAUGGCCAUCUUCCUGGUGAUUCCGUUCUUCAUCCUCACCAUCUCCCUCACUAUGCUCGUGGGUCUGGUGAUAUUCGCGACGUACGAGGGCUGCGACCCCCUGGCGGCGGGUCUCAUCACUAAAAAUGACCAGAUCCUUCCCUUCUUCGUGAUGGACCGCCUCACUACCACUCCUGGGCUCCCGGGGCUCUUCGUCGCCUGCAUCUUCUCCGCCACCUUAAGCACCAUCUCGUCCGGCGUCAACUCACAAGCAGCGGUGACCUGGGAAGACGUCUUCGCUAAAAUCCCAAGAUUCGCUAAACUUAACCAAGCCACUCAAGCACUACUCACCAAACUCUUGGCUCUGGGUUACGGGAUAAUAUCGGUGGGCUUCGCCCUCCUGGCGGGGAACUUGGGCGGAGUCCUCCAGGCAGGCAUCGCUGUCAACACUGCCGUGGCCGGGCCCCUGCUGGCGGUGUUCCUCAUGGCUCUCUUCCUCCCCUUCACUAAUUCUAAGGGGGCGUGUACGGCACUGCUGGUGGGGACGGGGGUGGCCUUGGGCUUCAGCUUCGGCGGUACUGCUAUUGGGAUUGAACCAGAGAUGCUGCCUACCUCCACUGAUGACUGUCCGGUCGACCUCUCUCUUCCUCUGCCUUCAAACACCUCGGUCGUCAGAGUGUCGGAGCUGCAGUACCCGGAGCGAGUGCUGGGCCUCUCCUACACGCAGCUGGGGCCACUGGGACUGCUGGUGGGGCUCGUAUCAGGCGUCCUCGUCAGCCUCGCUACAGGUAUGUCCGAAGGGCGACGUGUGGAUAGGAAGCUGGUUCAUCCUUGGGUGAGGUGGACCUUACCUCAUCCAGAAGACGUCGCUGCCAGAACCGAAGCCCAGGCCUACGAGAACAAGGUCACGACGCAGUGCUAAACGAGUUACAGCCCCGCUCCUGUGCCAGGUAAAUCCACGACGGGCUCGCCAUAGCCCGUGCUACUUGGAUCUUUUUGUUCCGAGUAGCUGAACCUAAAACAACAACAACAGCAGUGCUAAAGGUCAUUGUAAGAUACAGUCCAAAUGUUUUUAUUGCUCCCGCGAAAAUACUUUGAAUUAUUUUUAUUAUAUUUUAUUAGUUUAUUGAUUUAUUUUACUCAGUAUGGUGCUUUAUAAAAUAUGGUUGCAGAGAACAAGCCAUAACAACCUGGCUGGACAUUAGUAUCCCAACCCAUACACGAGAUAGCGAUAUGACAUUACAGUCCGUCCUGGACCUUCAUCAAGUCCUGGACCUCGAUCAAGUCCUGGAGCCAGAUUCACGAAGCAGUUACGCAGGUAUUUACGAACGUGUACAUCUUUCCUCAAUCCUUGACGGCUUUGGUUACAUAUAUUAAACAGUUUACAGGCAUGAAAACUUGC